ACCAACGAGGGUGUCCAGGUUCAUCCUCUUCCCACCACUUUAUAUUCCAUCGUCUCCCUCCCAUUUUCAACCUGCAACACAAAACUCAUCAAUGGCGGCCAUUGCAUCCCUCCAAAUCAAAACCCCUACUCAAUCCACCCCAUUACCCAAAACUUACAAAACCCACUUCCGCCUCCAAUCAAUCUCCUACAAACCCAACCCGACCCGGAACCUGACCCGGAAACCGACCCGGAUCUCAUGCGGGUUGAUCGAACCCGAUGGGGGAAAGGUUGUGAACCUGGUGGUUCCGGAGUUUGAGAGGGAUUUGAAGAAGAGGGAAGCUAUGGAUUUGCCGAAAAUAAAGGUUUCUAGGAUUGAUUUGGAAUGGAUUCAUGUGCUGAGUGAGGGUUGGGCGAGUCCACUCACUGGGUUCAUGAGAGAAUCCGAGUUCCUCCAAACUCUUCAUUUCAACUCGCUCCGGUUGGGAGACGGGUCGGUUGUUAAUAUGUCGGUUCCGAUUGUGUUGGACAUUGAUGAUGCCCAGAAGGAGCGGAUAUCUGGUUCGGGUUCCACGUCUGUUGCGCUUAUUGAUGGGUCGGAUAAUCCGGUUGCUAUUUUGAAUAACAUUGAGAUAUACAAGCAUAACAAAGAAGAACGAAUUGCAAGAACUUGGGGUACAACGGCCCCUGGUCUCCCUUAUGCUGAAGAAGCCAUAACGGGUGCAGGAGAUUGGCUGAUUGGAGGUGAUCUUGAAGUUAUACAACCAAUCAAGUACCAUGAUGGACUUGACCAUUACAGACUCUCCCCUUCAGAACUGCGUGGGGAAUUUGAAAAGAGGAACGCAGACGCAGUGUUCGCUUUCCAGCUCAGAAACCCGGUACACAAUGGUCAUGCUUUGUUGAUGACCGACACGAGGCGUAGGCUUCUUGAAAUGGGUUAUAAGAACCCGGUUCUUUUGCUUCAUCCGCUUGGGGGAUUCACAAAGGCAGAUGAUGUUCCACUUAGUUGGCGAAUGAAGCAGCAUCAGAAGGUGCUUGAAGAUGGUGUUCUUGAUCCAGAAAACACAGUGGUAUCAAUAUUUCCAUCUCCAAUGCACUAUGCGGGCCCAACGGAGGUGCAGUGGCAUGCCAAGGCCCGGAUCAAUGCAGGUGCCAAUUUUUACAUAGUGGGCCGUGAUCCGGCUGGCAUGGGUCAUCCGGUUGAGAAAAGAGAUCUUUAUAAUGCUGAUCAUGGCAAGAAAGUACUUAGCAUGGCACCCGGGCUUGAGCGCUUAAACAUUCUUCCCUUCAAGGUUGCAGCAUAUGACAAGACACAACAGAAAAUGGAAUUCUUUGAUCCCUCCAGAGCUCAGGAUUUCCUCUUCAUCUCGGGUACUAAGAUGCGGACGCUUGCAAAGAACAGGGAAAACCCGCCAGAUGGGUUCAUGUGCCCUGGUGGUUGGGAAGUGUUGGUUGAAUACUACGAUAGUUUGGCUGCGAACGAAGCUGGUAGGGUCCCUGAACCCAUCCCGGCUUGAGUUGUUGGACAACACGAGUACACGUACAAACGGUUCAAGUCCUGGAACCAGAAGGUGUCCAGCUUCAUUGGCGAAGAUAUCUGGAAGUCCCGACCUGUUUAAAUACCAAUGUUCUAAAUUGUUGUUGUAUGGUAUGCAGUUUGGAUUGUUUUGAUGCUUGCUACUUAUCCAAAUAAGUUGAGGCACUUGUGUUGCCUCCAUGUAUAAAUUCAUGUGCUGUUUCUUGUGCACAUUGUAACAUAUUGUAACAUAUACUUGUUGGAUUUGAAUCACCUUUCGUUUGCGCUA